AAGCCCAAAGUGACUUGUUGGAGAAGUCAGUCGGUUCUCUGGAAAAUGGGAUGAAAGAGGCUGAUUUCAUUUAAUUAUAGUAUUCUACGCUGAGUUAGGGUUGUGAGAACUGAGAAGUGAGUGAAUUUUGAAAGUUGGGUGAAGUUGAAAGCAAGAAGAGUAGCAAUGGACCUGAAUGCACCGCACACCAUGGGAACGACUAUCAUCGGAGUCACCUACAAUGGUGGUGUCGUCCUCGGCGCCGACUCCAGAACCAGCACUGGAAUGUAUGUCGCUAACAGAGCAUCGGACAAAAUCACGCAGCUGACAGAUAAUGUCUACAUUUGUCGCUCUGGAUCGGCUGCAGAUUCUCAGAUUGUCUCUGAUUAUGUGCGUUACUUUCUUCAUCAACACACGAUACAGCUUGAGCAGCCUGCGACUGUCAAAGUUGCUGCAAACCUUGUCAGGCUUGUAUCAUAUAAUAACAAGAACAUGCUAGAGACUGGCUUAAUAGUUGGUGGAUGGGAUAAGUAUGAAGGUGGUAAAAUAUAUGCAAUCCCUCUUGGAGGAACAAUUAUAGAGCAGCCUUUUGCUAUUGGAGGUUCUGGCUCCACUUACUUGUAUGGAUUUUUUGACCAAGCAUGGAAAGAGGGAAUGACAAAGGAUGAAGCUGAGCAAUUAGUGGUUAAGGCAGUCUCUCUUGCCAUUGCUCGUGAUGGAGCUAGCGGUGGUGUCAUCCGUACUGUCAUUAUAAACUCUGAAGGAGUGACAAGAAACUUCUACCCAGGUGAUUCACUUCCACUGUGGCACGAGGAGUUGCCACCUCAGAAUUCAUUGCUGGAACUACUGCACUCUUCUAGUCCUGAGCCAAUGAACGUGUAAUAUCAGACCAACUACAUACCAAUUACUGUCCGCUCACCACUUGAUCAUUUUAAUUUUACCAAUCGGGACAGUAAUUGUAUAUGCACUAGCUCUGCUUUAUAUCCAUAAAUAUCAAAUUUGCAGUUGAAUGUUUUGGAAGCAUUUUCAAGUCAUUCUAUUUCAGUUAAGAAAAAACCUCAGAUUUUGUGGUA